CCUGUUUAAUUUAAUUUCAUUUAAAGGGGAGCUUUGCUUUAAUGCUGUUGAUGCAAAAGGAAAAACUGAUGUUAAUUUCAUUUUUUGGCAAUGGAUAUCAGAUUUCAGAAUUUGUGGCCCGAAUAAAAAACAGAUAAAACAGAUAAACAAUAUAUAUAAGUUUAGGGUUUGUUUUUGGUACAAUGGGAGAAUUGGUUGAGGGUGUGAAUACUUGAGGGCUGGUGCAUGUGAGCUUACAAUCUCUUCUUUCUUUCUGUGUCCCCACACAGUGAAAUAUCCGAGCGACGAAGCGUUUUCAUAGCGUUUUCGAAGCGAUUUUCAGAGUGAUUUUCCCGAGAGAUUUCACAGCGAUUGUUUUAUAGAGAUAUUCAGCGAUAUUCCAUCUGAUUUUUGGCGUUUGGAGAAAACAUCUUCCUUUGGCGUCAGCUGAUAUCUCUUCAUAACCCAACAGCUCUUUUAAGAGCUAAAAAACUUGGACGCAAUGCCUUUCUGCGCCCCCUGGAGGAGGCCACAGGCCGAAUCCAGUACCCUCUCUGAGAUUUAUAAGCCUCCUGACGGUCGGCUGACCAAGGAUGUGCUUCUUGGAGUGGGCGGCACCGGAGACGUCUACAAGGGUCGUCACCAUCAUAGAGGCGUGGUAGCGGUGAAGAUCGCCAACAUCAGCCGAGAUGAAGAGUCAGUCUGCAGGGAGCUGAAGUUUCUCCAGCAGUUCGGCGGCCACAAUAACAUCGCCUCUUACUAUGGAGCCUACUACAGGGCUCCACUCACGGAGUGCUCAUCGGAGCUCUUGGAAAUUGUUCUCGAGUACUGUGGUGGAGGCUCUCUCCAUAACCUCAUCCACAAGACCAAUGGCCAAUCCCUGAAGGAGACCUGGAUCGGCUAUGUCUGCAAGGAGGUUUUAAAGGGGCUGCACCACAUCCACAAGAACCGGGCCGUUCAUAGAGACAUCAAGAGCCUGAACAUCAUGCUCACAGAGACGGCCAAAGUCAAGAUCAUCGACUUUGGAAACAGCUGGAACCUGGACCCGCAGACAGGAUUGUGCCAUGAAGCAGACGGGACUGCACAUUGGAUGGCACCCGAGGCCAUAAGGCAGAAGGGCCAGCGCCUGGCGUACGACACCAAAUGUGACAUCUGGUCGCUGGGGAUAACCGCCAUCGAAAUGGCCGAAGGAAAACCACCAUAUGCAGAUAUAUACCCUGUGGAGCAGCUGAUUAGAGAAGCCCAACCACCGAAGCUUCAAUCAGACAGAUGGUCACAACGUUUUGUGUCCUUCUUGGAUUCCUGUCUGAAGAAGGAUCCUUCAGAGAGAGGGAGUGCUGAAGAACUCCUGCAGCACCCAUUCAUCACCCAACUGACACCUAAGAAGAUCAUCAGGGCUGAGAUUGGAGAACAUCUCCGGACUCUGCAGAACCGGCCGGCCAAGAAAGGACUGAAGGGAGUAGCUCUGUGGACCCUGAAGCUGCGGCGUGCUUGUGACUUCUGCACACAGACAUCGGCAGAACAAGAAGCAGCUCUGCAAGUGGCCCUGGAGGGCUUCUCCUGUUAUUGAUCUUGUGGCCAAUAACAUCAACAGCCCAGAAUGAGUUUCCUGAAUCACAGCCUAGGAAAAAGAAACAUCCACAGGAUCCAGUGGUGUCUGCAGCUCCACCAGCAACAUCUCCUUUCAAGCUGAUGCAAGUGGUAACAUCAAGAUUCCUGCAACUACACCAGCAGAGACUUUAUCUCCAUGAUCAUAUUCUUUUCAGACUACCACAUCUCCACCAGUGGUGUAUUUGCUCCAGUUUACAUCACUCCACCCACACACAUCUCCACCUCACUUUCCAAAUGCCAUAGUCCAUCUUCCUUUUUUUGUAGACUACGACAACUCCAACAUCUUGCCUUAAACAUCUACAUUUCACAGAACCAUAGCAACAACAUUCCUAUCCACCUCUACAGCUCGACUAGCAGCAUUCACUUAUCAAACACCAUAGCUCCACUAUUAGGACUUUAGUUUGCAUUAGUAUCCAAUUAUCACAUCUCCACCCAAGGACUUUCCAUUUAACUUUAGCUCCACCACCAGCCCUUAUCCCAUAUUUUAUCUCUACCCGCAAGCUCUGUCCUUUUGCUAACACACCUCCACCAAUAUCUUCUUUUAUUUAGCUAUCAUCAAGAGUUUCUCCUCUUUAAAAUAUCUUUUAGUCCUUGCCCUUCUUCCUGCACCUCCAUUGGUUCUUCCAUUCCACCAAUACCAAGACAUUUAGUCACACCAUACAGCACACACUAAAAUGAUGCCCCCUACACAGAGGCUUCUCUUCUCCACUUUUUUCUUUUGCCCCUCUAACACCAAUUCCUCAGUGGUUUCUCCUGUUCAAAUUCUUUCCUUUCUAAAUUCUAUCCUUUCAAGCCUUCCACUCAACAACCAGUCACAUCUCCUACUCUAAACCCUGACAUAAACUCUUAGUACUGAUACUGACAUAAACUCAUAGUACAAGUUGAUCCAGGGACUUGUCCGAUUGCCCAUUGGGAGUCAGGAAGGAAUUUUUCCCCCUCUGAGGCAAAUUGGCUCUGGCUUCAGAUGGGGUUUUUGCCUUCCUCUGGAUCAACUACUAAAUAGGAAAAUCCCUUUUACACUAAAACUUGUACCUAAUGGAUGUGAGUCAUUCCCAACUUAAAUUAGUAUGAAUUAAUCUAAAAUGCAUAAAUAUAACAUCCAAUUUAUAAAUAAAUAUGUUAAUACACA